AUGAAUCUAGAAAACACGCGUCUUCUCCUCAUUGGCUCGAACUAUCGACAAGAUACCAACAUUGAAGAUCCUGGUCCUGGCCUCCUCUUCGAGCGCUUCAGUCCAUUCGAUAUGCCUACAGACGAAGUGGUCGAGGCGAAGCGGAUCGUUCUGACUGACCCCGAUGUCCGAAGACGCAUAGCGAAACUCAGCCUGCCGGCCGACGCCCAGACCCAGUGCGACACGUGGCCAUACAGCGCCGACAAGCUCUCCAUCCCGGAAAUACCUCGUUUGAUCCAGGCGAUGCUGUACGGCCCAGAGAGUGACAAGUACUCGUUCCCUAUCCCUAUGUCGCCCGUCAUCGACAUGGACCAGCAACGCAUCGUCCGGGUGGACGAAUUGCCAUCCCGCGAUAUCGGCGCCUAUUACGCCAACGAAACGCCGGCAGAGGCGUUGUCUGCAUCGCCCAUGGCUCACUGUAUCGGAAACGAAAAUCAUCCCAGCAUCCAGUACGGAAAUCUGCGCAAGGACCUGAAACCACUGUCGAUAAUUCAGCCUGAGGGUACGAGCUUCAAAGUCCAAGGCGAAACGGUAAUUUCGUGGCAGAAAUGGCAGUUUCGACUCGCUUUCAACUGGCGUGAGGGAACGACCAUCCAUAAUGUCAGGUAUGAUAAUCGAGAAUUGUUCUACCGUCUCAGCCUGAGUGAGAUGACUGUUCCGUAUGGCGGCUCCAUCCAGUACUUUAAUUUCAAAAGGAAGGAUUCUCGUGGCGGAUCGAGAAAGGCGGCCAACGUCGUCUGCCUUCGUGAGCAAGUUCGCCCACUUUACUCUUUUACCCUUUCUCCAGCCGUCUACAUUAAUAGCAUGAUCACAGUAGGCAACUACGAAUACGUCUUUUCCUGGCUCUUCUCGCAGAGCGGCGGUACCGUCGAGUUUGAGACGCGAGCCACCGGAAUCCUCGCGACGAGCCUCAUAGAUGCGGGUCAAAUCAGCUACUGGGAUAAUGUCGUGUCGCCGGGCGUGCUGGAGGCCAACCACCAGCACCUCUUCUGCCUCCGCGUCGACCCUAUGAUCGACGGCAGCGAGAAUACGGUUGUUCAGCAGGACUCCGUGUUGCUGCCGCUGUCGGAAACGGAGAACCCCUUGAGCAACACAUGGCAAGUAGUUCAGCAGCCGAUCGAGAAGAGCCUCUACGUAGACGCGGCGGCGGAACGUGCCCGAGUCAUCAAGAUCGUCAACGAGAAAUGCCAGAACCCGACCUCUGGCAAACCUGUCGGCUUCAAACUCGUGCAACAACUCGACCUCCUCUUCCCCAGCUCCUUAUUUGCAAACCUGCAUCCCUGGUCCCGCGACGCGCCCGUUUCGCCGAGCACCACGUCUGGGUGGCCAAAUGGAGUCGUUGACUACUCUGCCCGCAACGAGGACGUCCGCGACCAGGACCUGGUGCUGUGGCAUACGCACAGGAUUACGUACAAUCCCAGCGUCGAAGACUAUCCGGUCAUGCCGUGUGAAAUCGUGACGAUUGCACUCAAGCCUGCCGACUUUUUUUUGAUAAGAAUCCGGCUCUCGAUGUGCCCCCGAGGAAGUGGGCCUUCAGUAAUAGCGUGCUUUUAA